AUGUGUGAUAGGGGGAUUUUUAACGACUGGUGAUAUCAGCGGUUAUCGGACUGGCAAGUAACCUUAGAUAGAGUCUGUGAGUAACAAAGUUUCAUAUAUAAACAGCUCGGUUACUCCUCUACCAAUAAUUUAGAUGAGACCAGAUAAUAUACAUCUGCUGUAUUAUUUUUUCUAUAAAAAUCGCAUAAUUUUGCCAGACGACUCUUGAAGAGCGAACCAUUCACAUCAGACGUCUUCCGGUUCUGUUUGGGAAAUUCUUUGGAUUUGCAAAGAUGAAUAAUACAACGGACUACUACAACUACCCGUAUCCACCUUCCCAUGACAACAUCAUUCCAAAUCCAAACGACUUCGUACCUAUGCCUUUACCAUAUCACAUCGAAACCAUCUUUACAGUAUUAUAUGCCAUAAUUAUGGCUUUUGCAUUGUCUGGAAACACUUUGGUCAUUGUCGUUAUUCUUGGAAACAAAUCGCUUCGGAACGUUACAAAUAUGUUUUUUAUCAGUCUCGCCAUCAGCGACAUACUUAUUGCCGGGUUUAACAUCCCAGUAAAUUUACUGUACACUUUUAAUACGGUGUGGACAUUUGGAGAAGCCCUAUGUAAAACGAUAUCCUUCGCGACCAGUGUGAAUGUGGUAGCUAGCAUAAUGACACUCACAGUCGUGGCACUAGAAAGGUACUAUGCCAUUUGUCAUCCGCUGAAGAUCAGAUACCUGAAGUCGAACACUCGCGUGUUAGUGUUAAUGUUUGUCGUGUGGAUAUUAGCACUAGCGGUGUCCUCACCAUUCCUUUUCGUUCAGAAGAUCGCAGAACGUCUACAACAUUUAAACGGGCCACCGUACCUGAAAGUAGUGGAAGUUUGCGUGGAGCACUACGAAAAGAUGGAAAUGGAAGAAGUCCAUACUCUGGUACAGUUCGUCAUCUUCUUCUGUGUUCCUAUUGGAGUUAUGUUCUUUGCGUAUGGAAAUAUCGCCCAUCAGUUGUGGAUUAGAAAACCAAUAGGGGACUCCCAUGAUCUGGAAAAAUCAAUGCAACAAAAGAAGAGGAUCAUUAAAAUGUUGAUCGUCAUAGUUCUUGUUUUUCUCAUAUGUUGGCUUCCGUUUUUCGCAGUUCAUAUAUACCGUAUGUACAAUAAUGUAGACUAUGAAGACUUCCGUAUGGUGAGUCUCGUUGUCCAAAUCAUUGGGUUCACGAAUUCAGCAGUGAAUCCUAUCAUGUAUGGAUUCAUGAAUCAGAAGUUCAAGCAAACAAUUCGUGUGAUGUACGUCAGAUGCAGAUCGAAACUCUAUCGUGGUAAAAAUGCCUCUGUAAACAGCCAGUCCAAUUCAGCCCCGAACAGCCUCACAGCAGAAAGUGUAGUCUAAAUCAGAAGAAACUAAAAUAACUUUUUUAAAUGACUCAGAAUCUGAGAGGUUUUACAUCAUGCUGGUUCAUGUGUAUAUUCAAAUCAGUACUUAGUACUUACAACUUCAACUCAUGUUGUCUCAGCAUAAGAAUACUUCAGUAAAUAUAGCUGUACCAUGUAUAUAACACGAAUAAAGUUUCAUUUCCACACA